AUGUCUCAAGACAUAAUUCUACAAUUGUUAACAGAGCAACAAAAAGCAAUGUCGCAACAAACGCAACUGCUAAAGCAUAUGGCUGAUCUUCUUCAAGCACAAGGAGCACCAAAUUCACCACAAACAUCAAAUUCAUCCAAAGCAGCACUAAUGGAAUCACUAGCACAGUCAAUGACAGCAUUCGUAUACGAGCCAGAGAGCGGUCUGAUAUUUCAAGCGUGGUACAACAGGUUUGUGCAUGUUUUCGAAAAAGAAGCAAGCUCACUCGAAGAACAUGACAAAGUGGCCUUGUUAUGGAGAAAAAUGUCGAACCAAGUACAUGAAAGAUUUGCCAACUACGUAUUACCAGCAAAACCUGAAGACAUGACUCUAAAGGAUACAGUAGAGAAACUCAAGAAACUCUUUGGUAAAACAGAAACACAAGUCUCACAAAGAUACAAAUGCCUUCUGCUAGCAAAAGGCGACAUCGAAGAUUUCAGAGAAUACGCAAGCAGAGUAAACCUACAAUGCGAACUAUUCAAAAUGAAAGAACUGAAAAUCGACCAAUUCAAAUGUCUCAUUUUCGUCUUAGGACUCAAGUCAGCAAAGGACAACGACAUAAGACUUCGCUUACUAAAGGUACUGGAUGAUGAAAACACUACAAUGAACCUAGAUCAACUAGUAGACGAAACACAACGAAUUCUAGAUCUCAAAUCGGACAACAUUCUCAUUGAACAUCAAUCAAAAAUCGUCUGUUCACUCAACAAGCACGCAAAAGACUUCAAGAAGCACAAAACACCCAAUUCACCCUGUUGGUAUUGCGGAGACCUUCACUACGUCAAAUUUUGUCCUUUCCAGAAACAUAAAUGCACAACAUGCAAUCAAGUGGGUCAUAAAAAUAACUUUUGCAACAUCGCUAAGACUGGUAAGAAUUUCAAAUCAUCGUCUGAAAACAACCAGAACGAAUUCAAGAAAUACAGCAAUUCAAGGAAAUCAUUCAAAACUAAGGCAGUUUUCAAAACACACAACAUUAAUUUCCGCGACUUAAGGAAAUACACAACUGUCCUAAUCAACAACAAUCCUGUAAAACUUCAAAUUGAUACUGCAUCAGACAUAUCAAUUGUAUCUAUCAACACAUGGAAAGCUAUAGGUUCACCAAACUGGACACCUCAAAGAAUAACAAGUCGCAGACAACCAGUCGAACCUAUUUCAAGAUCACCUUCUCAUCUUAAGGAGGGAGAUGUUGGGGCAACCCACAUUAACAAUAUGGCAUCUCAUGUUGCAACAUCCUAUACGGCAACGCCGAUAUAA